CCCAAUCCCUCUCCAUUCACAAAACACAUGUUUGAAAGUGAAACUCGAAUUUUUUCUACACUUUUUUUCACACUUUUUUCUUUACUUUACACCCCACCUGUCACGGCUCUAGUUCAUCACAGGACGCGACGAGUUUGUCGCAUUUUAAACAAAUUCGAAAAUUUUAAAAAUGAAACAAAUUACACUAUUUACACGACUGUCAAUUGUUACCACUCGUGUUGCGAUGAGGGGUGUUGCAUCUGGUCGACUGGCUCACUCGUCCUAAUUUUAAUUGUUGUGGUGAUUUGUUCGUGUAAAUGCUUGAAGAUGUACUGGAGGGCGAAUUGUACGAAACAGGACAGUGGUGCCAACUCACAAGAAAACAUUUUAAUGGACUUGCAAAAUUUUUCACGCGAUUAUGGCACUAGUGACUUUUCGCCCCCUCCCCCCUACCACAUAGCCUCCAAUUACCCCCAACCCGGCGAUAAAAUCCCCACGUAUGAGGAGGCAUGCAACCAACAAUGUUCGCAUUAAUACGAAGCACAC